GCUUUUCCUUUCUCGGUGGAGUUUGCAAGUACGAGCGGGUGGAGAACGGGCGUCCAUUUUGCUUCGCCAUAUUGAAUUUGGUCGGACAUCUUUGGACGCCAUGUUUAGUCGGACAUAUUUUAUAAACAUUUUCGCGUAAAUUUGAAAUAUUUUUGAGCCUAAAUAUCGAACUUUUUUUCACUGAAAACUGUGGCACUAGUUGUGAUAAAUAUCACGUUGGAAAAUUCCGUGCCAACGCAUCUGUCCAUAUUUGUCUCCUGGGGGCCGUGGGUGCUUUUGUUACUGGAUAAAUACAGUGAACUAACAAGAUGAUGAACCAGGAGAUAAUGUGUGAAGUGGAGAUAGGCACACAUGGCUCCAUGGUCGAGAUCGAAGGAGACGAUCAGGUGGGAGUUAAGUAUGAAGAGAUAGAAGCCGGUCAAUACGAGGAGUAUAUCACAGAUGAUCAGUAUGAAGAAGUGGAGGAGCAAGUCAUUGGCAUGCAGCACCUCGAAGAAGACUAUUUUAAAAUUUCAGUGGGCAGUGAAGAAGUGAUUCUGCCCGGGAUUUCAGGAGAAGAGGUACUGAAUGCCAGCCCUGAAACACACUAUGAUCCGUUAUAUCCGGCUCCUGCGACUACUAGUACCAGAAGAGGUCGCGGUAGGCCCCGUUCCAACGCGAAUAACAACUCAAAUAAUAUACAGCAUUUGAUGCCCAUUGGCGAGGUCCCAGUAAGCCUGAUGGACGGCGUAGCUGGCCGGGGCCCGGCGCGGCGCUGGGAGCAGAAGCAGGUGCAGAUCAAGACCAUGGAGGGAGAGUUCUCCGUCACCAUGUGGGCCACCGGAGAAGAUGAUGGUGUGUUGUUAACAGAUGACGGAUCUAACCCGGAACCGGAUCCGGACUACACGGAGUACAUGACCGGCAAGAAGAGUAUUCUCGGCGCUGAGACUAUGCCUGGAUUAGAUUUAUCAGAUCCCAAGCAGUUGGCGGAAUUCGCGCGACCAGGACACAAGAUAAGGCUAAAGAAACCUAUGCCUGAAUCUUCAGACAGAACCAUAGCGUGUCCACACAAAGGCUGCACGAAGAUGUUCCGCGACAACUCGGCGAUGCGGAAACAUCUGCACACGCACGGACCACGGGUGCAUGUCUGUGCUGAAUGCGGCAAGGCGUUCGUGGAGAGUUCUAAACUGAAACGCCAUCAGCUAGUUCACACCGGCGAGAAACCUUUUCAGUGCACCUUCGAGGGAUGCGGGAAGCGAUUCUCCUUAGAUUUUAACUUAAGGACGCAUGUCCGUAUCCACACGGGCGACCGGCCGUACGUGUGUCCGUUCGACGGCUGCAACAAGAAGUUCGCGCAGAGCACCAACCUCAAGUCGCAUAUACUCACCCAUGCUAAGGCCAAAUCAAGAAAUUCCCUCUCCCGUAACGGAGGCAAUUCAUAUGAAUCAGCGAGAACCACACCACAAUACGUCCAACUAGAAAUGUCACCCGACGACUCUAACCCACAACUAAUAUUCUACACGCACGAGUGAAGCAAGACAAGACUCUUGAACCAAGCAAGACUCGUUAACCAAGCAAGACUCGUGAACUGUGACGCAAGAAUCGCUCAAAAGUGAUAAAGUGAUGCUAAAAUGUAAAAACAGUGUUUCUAAGUGAUUUAAACAGACACUAGUUAAGUGCUGUGUUAUGAAGCAAGAAAUUUGAAUAAAGCAAGACUGUUGAACAGACUUGUUCGUGAUCAAGUGUACGUAUAUUAUGUUCUUUUUUUUUCUAUUUUAGAAACUGCUUUGGAGUAAACCAAAGGUAUUUUAUGUUAAAUAUUAAUUUUUAGUUUGGCAACACUUGUUUUUAAAGUUGUUUACUAACAAAAUUAAUUAGCAGCACCUCUUUUUAAGUUUUGCACUAUUUGCUACUUUUUAAAAUGAAGUUAAUUUUCUGUAUAUCGUCACAGCUGAGAAUGUUGAUUAUUGUAAAGUAAACAUAUCAAAGAAUAUUAAAAAUGAAAGUAAGACUAAUUUUGGAUCAAUUAAAGAAAUAAAUCACUAGCAUUUUCUGUAAAUAUUAUGUUUCUCUAUUACUUAAAUACAACAAUUUGGUGAUGAGCCUGUUAAGCUGUUUAACUAGCUAUUUUAUGAUGCAAGAAUGAAACUAUAAUGUCGGGUUAUAUUUGAAAUAUGGAACAAGAAUUUUGAAAAGCAGUGGGCUCUCUGUAAUCUGACGCCCCUUGUAAUACAAUAAAAAAGGAAGAAAAAUUCUAAGCUGUGACUAGAAAAUUGCAUUGAAGAACAAUAAUAUUAUACAUUCACAUGUAAACGUAUUUCGUCUUACUGCAAAAACUUAAACAUGUGUCAAACACUUGUCUAAAAGAAGUAUGUCUGCAAAAUGGACUUUAUUUCAACGUCAUAAUCUGUAAUUUUUUUAGAAAAGUGUUAAACUGAUGUUUAAAAGUUUUUGUGGCAAGACGGAUUAUUUCUAUCUUUAUUUUAUUCUAAUGACUUGGCGUGAAAAGUUAAUCGCGAAUAUAAUAUCUCCUUUUUUAAGAAAAUCCUUUUUUAUUAAAAACAAUAUAUAAAUAGUGUGACUAGUAAUUAUAAUAGUGACCUAUACUUGAAAACGUGAUUCUUCUCACAAGAAUCGGUCACAAAUUACCAGUCACACUAAAUAUUUAAAAAGAGGUUUUUCCAAAAUUGAGAUGUCAAUUUGUAAAUUUUGUACCAUAUAAAUGCCAAAAAAUAAUAUUGUAAUAUAAUUUUUAAAUUAAAUUAGGGGGGAAUUCAUAUGUUAGCAUACUUUAUUUACUAUAAAAUUGAGCAACACAUCCACAGAAGUAAUAUUUAGGUACAGAUGUCAUCAUCAUCUGCCUAGCCUUUUCCCAAUUAUGUUGGGAUUGGAUUCCAGUAUAUACUUAUGUAUAUUACAUUUUGAUUCUGAACUUCAUAAUAUUCUACAAAGCACUAUAUUAUGUAUUGUCUUAAAUGCACUGCUAUUUAGAUAUUUCUAUUGAAAAUACCAUGGAAAAGAAAAUGACUAGCGGAGAUGUCAUAACGGAAAAUCUCCUAAGAAAGUAGCGCGACAACAUGCAGGUGUGAGGGGGACGAGGAACGUUACUAGCUCCGCCCUCAUACGCCUUCUAUGGAACCCGCCCAUUUUUCCCAAGCAAACAUGCAAACAUCUAAAUUCAGACCCUCUUCAUUUUGGGAAAUUGGUUAAUAAUUUCAUUGUUUACCAUGAAAUCACCUAUGGUAUGGUAUUUGUCCUACUUAAAUAAGAAAUGUAUGUAUAAUUUACCUUUCACAAAUAGUUACACAAUUCUUUUAUAUUUCUCUAAAACUUAAACAUGUGAAUUCCCCUACGAAUGUAUGCACGCAAAAAUAUUAAAUUAUUUCUAUAUUUUUGACAAAAUUACGUUUCAUCAUAUUUCAUUAUGGGCAAAACUAGGCAGUUAAGAGUUUUUAUUUUACUUUAACUGAUGUUUUACAAUUUUUUUGUAAACAUUAGUUUUUUCUUUAAAAGAACUAUUUAAAAUUGAAAAUUUAAUUAUUUCAUAGUAAACAGUUCUUGAUGUUUCUUUUGUCGGUGAUUUUGGGCUUUGGUCGAUUAUUCGAUUUAUGACUUUAAAAAAUCGAUUUAAUAUUUUUGCUUGCACACAUUAGAGUAAUAUUAUAAUUUCAUUCUUAUAAGUUAAGGAAUUAAAAAGUCGACGCUUCCUCUUACAGAUUAUAAAUGUAAGCAGUAUUUUUUUAUAAUCGGAAGUUUAAAAACAAUAUGUAUUAUAAUAUUUUCCCUUAUCAGACCAGUAGUUUCUGAAAUAGCGAAACUUUCUAGAAAGCAAACUCUUCAAGUUUAUAAUAUUAGCAUAGAUUCACUAUGCAUUUAUACUUGGAAUAUGCUUCCGUAAAAAUUGCGUAAGUCACUUCUGCAAGAAAUGGCUUAUAAGGUUUAAUUUUAGGGUUUACAUUAAAAUUUGUAAAAUCGUGAACAACUUACGUGAGUAUUUACAAGUAUAAAAGCAGCCUUACGCAGCUUUGUUAAUUCAAAAGACACAUUUUCCUUGCAAAAUUGAUCUUGAUUGUAAUACGUCAAAGUUAAAACACAGUCAAAAUACUGCUUACAACUAUUUUCUGUAAAUGUCUUGUAUAAUUAAGGUUUUUUAAAUAAACGACUGAUGUGAUUGUAUAUAUACUUAUUAUUUUCAUGAUUCUGUAAGCGAAUUACUGUGUUUGACUGAAAUAGGUCCUUUUAGAUAUAAUAUAGUCGAAAUUUUAUAAAGUGGCUUACGUUUGAAAAAUGUGUAAGCCAUUUUUGCGAGAAAUAAGUUUAAUUAUACAAUUUUGAAGGUGGAGAAACAAUAAAAAUUGUUUUGAAAAUUGUAUGUACAGAUCAGAGAUAGUUUACCUUUAGUUUAAGUGCAUAUUCGAAUGGAUGGCAUAGUUAACUGGCGGGAACUAGAUAUUGAUUUUGUGAAAUAAUUUAAAAAUCUUUACUGAUACAGGAAAAUUAAAAUUAGUUAAUUAUUUAAUUUAUGGUCAGUUUCACUAGUUACUGAUGAAGUCUAUAAUGAACUUAUCUGACAGGUAAACUGUAACUUUUGGUAUCAAAGGUUCACAAUAUCUGGCAGAUAGCAUUAACUUUCACCGAAUAACUAACUUUAUCGGUAACCAGUGAACUGGGCCUUAAUAUUCUUAUAAAAAUACUUUGUUUUUCAACUAAUCCAGCUUUAAAAUUGUAUAGUUACGCGAACAGUCAAAUGACAGCAAUCGCUUGUACGAGUGAGUUGUCCAUUGAGAUGUGACAAACGAAUAAAGUGUAAAUAUUUAUAUA